AUGUCUGACAGAGUACGACAGAUUGCGGGCCAUUUUUCAGACACUCCAAAUGGCGCCAAAACGGCACCCUACCAGGUCUCAGAACGGCCACUGGGGGUCAUGAGACAUGUCCGGAUUGUCACCAUCGGGGCCGGUAUGAGUGGGCUCAACAUGAUUCGGACUUUGCGUCUCCACUUGACCGACUUUGAACAUGUCGUCUAUGAAAAGAACCCAGAGAUAGGAGGUACCUGGUUCGAAAACCGGUACCCGGGCUGCAAGUGUGACGUUCCGUCGCACAACUACCAGUUCUCCUGGCGUCCGAAUCCAGAAUGGACCGGCUUCUUCUCGACAGCAACAGAGAUCCAAUCCUAUCUAUGCCAAGUCUGCGAGGAAGAGGGGAUGCGAGAGGUGAUAAAAUUGAGACACCAGGUCAACCGAGCUGAAUGGGAUGAAAGCAACUGUGUUUGGAAGCUGAGGAUUCUUAAUCUGGAAGACAACUCCGAAUUCGAUGACACUUGUCACUUCCUGUUGGACUCUUCGGGGAUUCUCAACCAUUGGAAGUGGCCCAAAAUUCCGGGACUGCAGAAGUUCAAAGGUCACCUUAUUCAUAGUGCCGACUGGCCGUCCGGCUUUGACCACAGCGGUCUGACAGUCGCUGUCAUUGGCAACGGCUCUUCCGGAGUCCAAAUCUUGCCAGAAAUACAACCAGACGUGAAGAAACUGGUACACUUUGUAAGAGAGCCCACCUGGGUUGUCCCCGGUCGUCUUCAGCUCCUGGCUCAGGGCGCUGCUGGUGGGAUCCUCGGGGAGGUUGGCAUGAGAGAAAAUGCAGACUUCACCGAGGCUCAAAUCGAGCGUUUCAAGACAGAUCCAAUCUUUUACAGGAAGUUUGUUAAGGCGGUCGAAGAAGUCGUGAAUGGAAACUUUCCUAUUACCCUCAAAGACACCGAUUUCGCAGCCAGCGUACAGGAGAAGGCAGCCGAGUACAUGAAGGAGGCGCUGGGUGGGGACGAGCGACUGUGCAAUGCCAUCAUACCCAAGUUUCCUCUCGGAUGCCGGCGGCUUACGCCCGCGGUGGACUACCUCUGGGCUCUCCGGAAGCCCAACGUGAGGGUUGUCACAGAUCCGAUUUCUAGGAUUGAGGCCAAGGGUCUCCGAACCGAGACUGGUGAACUGAUUGAAGUGGACGCCAUUAUUUGCGCCACGGGGUUCGAUGUCUCGUUUCGCCCUCGAUUCCCGAUCCUUGGGAGACGAGGCAAUCUGCAGGACCUUUGGACUGAGGGAGUUCCCAAAUCGUACAUGUCGUGUGCAGUCCCCGACUUCCCCAAUUACUUCAUGUUCCUUGGUCCCAACGCGCCUAUCGGGCAUGGCAGUGUCUUCACAAUCACCGAACACAUAGCCAAGUAUCUCGUACGCAUCAUUAAGAAGUGUCAGACUGAGGGCAUCAAUGCUAUAGCACCGCAGCAAUCUGCUGUCAACGAACUCUUUGAACACACACAGAGGUUCAUGCCUCGUACUGCCUGGUCUGGAAGCUGUAUUUCUUGGUUCAAAGGGGGGACGAUAGACGGACCGGUGACGGCACUACAUCCUGGCAGCCGAAUUCAUUUCUUCCACAUGCUGGAGAGCUUCAGGGGUGAAGACUGGGAAUACAUCCGGGUCAAUAAGCAAAAUCGUUUUCAGUUCUUGGGGAACGGUUUCUCGACCAAAGAGCUUGGAGACGAAGACCCGACAUGGUAUCUCGAUGAACCAGACAAGAUUUGA